GCCUCCAGCUUCCGGGGUUUCACACCUGGCGCGAUGCUGCAGAAUUCUGCGGCCCUUGGACUUCUCCGCCAUGGCCUUCCGCCCUGCACGCGUGCGCGUCCCUCACCUGGGGCUCCUAGCGCUGCGUGCUCCCCGCACGCCGAGCGCGGCGGAUCUACUCCGCGCGGGGACGGUGAGGCGAUGGCUGAGCUCUGAGAAGAGGGAGUUGGAUCCCAAUGGCCCCAGUGACGCUCUGACCAGCUUCACAGGUGGCUUGCCGACUCAGAGGUCCACGGACUUUGAGCUGCGGCAGUCCUUCCGGAAGUUCCCACUACAUCGACAGGUGCAGCUGGGGUUAAUGAAGAUGGGCCUAUCCGUGCCCACAAGAGUUCAAGACAUGACCUUGCCCAUGCUGCUGGAAGGAGUGUCAACCUUCAUCCUGGCACAAACUGGUACAGGGAAGACCUUGGCUUAUGUCUUACCGAUCGUGCACAAGUUGCUGACCACCAACACUGAGGGUUUCUUCCCCAAGAGUCGGCGCCCACGUGCGAUCAUCGUCCAGCCGACGAGGGAGUUGGCCUUGCAGACGAUCAAGGUGGUGCGGAACUUCCCAGUGAGGUCGGCGGUCUUGGCGCCCAGCUGCUCCUUCAUCAAGGAGUCGCAAGCGUUGCACCAGGGCGUCGACGUGGUGGUGGCCACACCCUUCCGGUUGAUUUUGCACCUGGCGAAGGCGCACCUGGAGCUGAAUGACGUGCGGCACGUGGUCUUAGAUGAGGCGGAUACCUUGUGUGACACCUUUUACCAGAAAGAAGCCAGCAAACUCUUGCAGGGCUUGCAGAAGGACUGCCGCGUGAAGCCGCAGAUCGUGGUGGUGGGCGCCACACGCACGGGCGCCGUGAGCGCGUUUCUGCGGCAGCACCUCAACCAGACCGAGGUGAUGCCGGUGGUGACGACUGACGCGCAUGUGCCGCCCCCGAACUUAGAGCAGGUCUUCGUGCCAACGAAGGGCAGGCGGCUGCUGACAGUGCUCUGGGAGGUCUUGGGAGAGGUGGCCACCGUCAAUCGAAAGACCUUGAUUUUCACGAACCGUUUGCCCAGUUGUCGCAUGGUCUUCAAGAGCCUCCAGGAGCACGGCGUGAAUGCGGUGGCGCUGCACGGCAAUGUGCACCCAAAGAAGCGGAAAGAGGCCUAUGAGGCCUUCAACAGCGCCUCUGGAGCGGAGGUGAUGGUCUGUACGAACUUGGCCUCCAGGGGUCUCGACUUUAGUAAUGUCCAUCACGUGGUCAUGUACGACUUUCCCUUGAACAUGGCUGACUACCUGCACCGCGUAGGGCGCACCGCGCGCGGGGGCCGCGCCGGGCGCGUGACGACGAUCACGCCGCGGCGCUAUUGGCCCUUUGUGGCGAAGAUCCAGGAAGCCACCAAGGAGGGGAAGCCAGUGGAAGUGAGGAACAUGUCGCGAAAGGUGAAGAAGAUCAUGGCCAUCGAAAACUUCCAGAAAGUCCUCCAACGGGACGUGAACAAGAGCGUGAAGCAGAAACUCAAGAAGCGGCUGGGUUUGCCGCCCGCGCGGAACAUUGGCUCGAAGGAGACCAAGGCGGCUAUGAAGCGCCUGGACCGACGGAUGAGAGCCAUUAAGCACAUGAGGUUCCUGUGGAAGCGCGGGAUUCUGAAGAAGGGCCAUGGGAUCCCGAAGAUGCCAGAUGCUCAGGUGGAAGUGUCGGAGACCCAAACGGUCUCCACCAUGGUCCGUGCCCGUGACGGGCUUCUGCAAGUGCUUCCCCGGCGCCGGAAGCUCGACCGCCAAGCAGACACGGCCGGGGGCGCACCCAUCGACCGCACGCUGCGCGUAAGCGGCCCGGCGCUGGAGCAUGCGCUGCGGAAGCGCGAGGGGCACGGCCGGAAGCGGCGCCCGCAGAUGUGAGGGAAAAAGGGACGCGGAAAGCACGGUAGAAUCGGUGGAGGACGGUGGGCGAACAAGAAGUUGACGAUCUGUGCGAUCUGUGAGAACAUUUGGAUGUAUGACGAAGUGGCAAUUUGGGAUCAUGAUGGAGUUUUGCGUUGAUCAUAGGAUGGAGAGUAGGGAGAGAUUCUGGAUGUCAGCCAUUUUGAUAAGACAAAGGCUUUGAGAUUUGGGUGCUAGUGCUUGGGUGAGCUAAGAAUGACCUGCCGGAUGCCUCUUUGGGUGUUCAC